UGGCGGUCCUGACGUGAGGGGGUCUCAGUUGAUGGGUCUGAAUUUGGGGUCUGGGGGCUUUAUUUGGGAGUCCCAGGAAUCCUGGCAGGGGGUUCAGGGGAGUUUGGGCUACCCUGGCCACGUUCUUCAGGGCCAUGGGGGCAUCCGAGCCCCCCAACUUCUCGUGGGUGGUGGAGGGCCGGCUGGCGGGGCUGGCGAUGCCGCGGGAGCCGGGGCACUACCGCUACCUGCGGGAUCACGGCGUGCGGCACCUCGUGUCCCUGACCGAGCACGCCCCCCCGCACCACGGCUGCUGCCCCCAAAUCCAGCUCCACCGGCUCCGUGUGCCCGACUUCACCCCCCCGAGCCCCGAGCAGAUCCAGAGCUUCCUGCAGAUCGUGGAGGAGGCCAAUGGCCGCGGGGAGGCCGUGGCAGUUCACUGCAUGCUGGGCCACGGCCGGACGGGCACCCUGCUGGCCUGUUACCUGUGCAAGGAGCGGCACCUGGCCGGCGGCGACGCCAUCCGCGAGAUCCGGCGCCUGCGGCCCGGCUCCAUCGAGACUGCGGAGCAGGAGCGGGCUGUAAUCCACUUCUGCCAGUGCCUGCCCACUGGGGAGGAGACCUGAGCACAUGGAUGGGAUCCAUGGAAUUGGGCAUCCUGAAGAGUCGGGCGUUCCCAGCCUUGUCUGUCCCCUCCUGCAUUAAAGGACUGGCCUGUG